CCGGCUGCGGCGAGGGCAGCGCAGGGUCAUUUAUGGCCAGGGUACUCCCCGCCGUGGGCUGGAGCCUUUGGAUUUCUUAAAACAAGUGGUUCCGCUUCAGAUCCAGCUUGCUCUGGCAGCAGACAAGAUAAGCUGACCUUGGGCACCCCUGGUUGGUUGGUUGGUUGGUUUUUGCAGCUUGCAGCCUAGGGUCGGGCCGAUGGCAUCUUGGGCUGCCGCCAGCCUGAGCAGAGCAGCCGCCCGACUCUUCUGGGUGCCAGGUCCGGGGGUCCGCGCGGUUCCCCCGGGCACUUCCCCGCCUGAGCCCCGAUGCUUCCGCCCAGCCCCAAGCAGGACGCUGCACGUCUCCAUGGCUGUCCUCGCCGGCCACAAUAAAUGGUCCAAAGUCCGGCACAUCAAGGGUCCCAAGGACAUGGAAAGGAGCCGAAUCUUCUCUAAACUCUGUCUCAGUAUCCGCCUGGCUGUUAAAGAUGGAGGCCCUAACCCUGAGCUCAACAGUCACCUGGCCAACGUCUUAGAGGUGUGUCGCAGCAAGCAAAUGCCUAAGUCAACGAUUGAGGCAGCACUGAAAAUGGAGAAAACAAAGGGCAUUUAUUUGCUGUAUGGGUGUCGAGGCCCUGGUGGCUCUUCUCUGCUCAUUGAGGCAUUGUCAAACAGUAGCUCCAGGUGCCAAUCGGACAUAAGACAUAUCCUGAACAAGAAUGGGGGAAUGAUGGCUGAAGGAGCACGUCACUUCUUUGACCGAAAGGGAGUGGUCAUGGUUGGAGUGGAGGACAAAGAGAAGAAAGUUGUAAACUUAGAGAGAGCUCUGGAGCUGGCAAUCGAAGCAGGAGCUGAGGAUGUCAAGGAAGCUGAAGAUGAAGAAGAAAAUAACCUCUUUCAAUUUAUUUGUGAUACCUCUUCAUUGCACCAAGUGAGGAAGAAGCUUGACUCCCUUGGCUUGUGUUCUGUGUCCUGUUCACUGGAGUUCAUUGCCCACUCAAAGGUGCAGCUGGCUGAUCCUGACCUAGAGCAGGCUGCUCGCCUUAUCCAAGCUCUUGGAAAACAUGAGGAUGUGAUUCAAGUAUAUGACAACAUUGAGUAAUGGGGCCAUGCAGAUCCCCAGGCUUCUUCCUACGCAAGUGGCAGUGCACCCUGGAGCCCAGGCUUCUGCAGUGAUCUCUGAGACAGAUGCAGGUGGGAGGCCUACCAAUUUAGAGGCCUGUGUUGGUGGCUUGUGGCCUUAAGGCCAAGGAACUACCACACCACUAUAGGACUGCUUAGUCAGUUCUGCUGGACUCUCAGAGCCCUCUAGAAUGCAGACUGGGACCAGCCAGCUAUAUGACUCUCAUCUCAAGUAGUUCACCCCUGUGGGGAACUGCCCCAUCUGUGUACAGGAAGUGCUUUUAAAUUGAUCUUGGCUGUUUCAUUGCUGUUGUAUGGCUCUUGAGUUGUCCUCAAGUUGGGUCCAGCUGUUAGUACCUCUGGAUUAAUUUUCAGUUUAGUUCCACAUGCUUAGAUCUCUACUCCAGUUCCAGGAUUGUAGUUGACUUAUUUCUUUUUGGUUGGCCAUAGAAAUGUGGCCCUGUCCGGACUACUCUGUUGUCUAAUGUUCAUUUAUGGCCUAACCUUGUCAUUCAGUCAUGUAGUUUUCUCAGACAUCUAGAACAUACCAUGAACCAUAGUUACCUAAAGCACAAGGCUGUUCAACUGGUGCCCUGAAUUAGAUCCUGCCCUAAGACAUAGGACUACAGAGGGAAGUUGCAGCGAAUUAGCUUUAUUCUCUGUGUGGCCUCUGUGCCCUUUUUCACCAGAGAACUUAAGGCCGUAGCUCUAUAGGAAAUCAGGUACCAAUGAUGGCCUGUGCUUUGCCUGAGCCCUUCUGUGACCUGGGAUUGAUUAGAGGGGAGCUGUCAGCUAGGUUUGAAAGCUGAGGUCCUCACAAGACCCAUCUCUAGCCCCUUUUUUUUUUUUUAAUCACUUCUGCCAAAUGAUGGGGCUCUGGGAACUAGAGAGAAAAUGAGGACAGAGGAAGAAGUAGGGUUGAGUCAGAAGCCUACCCCUUGGUACUUUCUGCUCCUAAGAAAGUCCAGGAACAUCAACCACUUGUCAAAGACCUUGGGCCUGGAGUGACGUUUGUAUCCCUGUCAUCCACCUAUUCAUAAAUUGGUUAAGUCAGUUCUGAGCUCAA